UCUGGCCAAAGUCCUGGUGGUGGAACCCAGAACGAGCACCAGAGAAAAACCAGCAUUUUCCAGAGGUUCUUUUGGGAUCCUCAAAAGAAAGAGAUCCAAGACUUGACGUGGUUACUCACACCAUCUCACCCAUACAGACCUUCACACUCUCACACGCGGGACAUCACACUGUGGCUCUGUGCAGAUGGCCGCGGCCUCCUGUGCUUUGUGGUUGUUCAGUCCCAGCUGGCUGGUUCUGGUGUGAAGCACUCUCUAUAGCCAAUGGGCCUCUGAGGAUGCACACAUAGUGGGGUGACAGGCAGCGUUGCUGAAGAAAAAGUGCACCCGUGCCUCAGGUGGGAGGAUGUGAUGACGUGCCCCCACGCAGCGGGAACUCAGGCCUUUAAAAAGCCGAGGAAGCAGCCUCAGAGCAAGCGGUGGUUCCACUGGAGGAAAGCACACCCAGGUCUCACAUUAAAGAAGCCAAACUGUCUGCUUCAAAGAAAAAAGGCAACAUCCUGUCACAGGCCAUGCUCUGGCAAAAACCCACAGCUCCAGAACAAGCUCCGGCCCCACCUCGGCCAUACCAGGGUGUCCGAGUGAAGGAGCCCGUGAAGGAACUGCUGAGGAGGAAGCGUGGCCAUGCCAGCAGCGGGGCAGCUGUUACACCUACUGCGGUGGUGCUGCCCCAUCAGCCCCUGGCGACCUACACCACAGUGGGUCCCUCCUGCCUUGACAUGGAAGUUUCUGCUUCUACAGUGACGGAGGAGGGGGCCCUAUGUGCCGGCUGGCUUUCCCAACCUGCCCCGGCCACUCUCCAGCCCCUGACCCCAUGGACACCCUACACUGAGUAUGUGUCCCAUGAAGCUGUCAGCUGCCCCUACUCAGCUGACAUGUAUGUGCAGCCCGUGUGUCCGAGCUACACGGUUGUGGGGCCCUCCUCAGUGCUGACCUACGCCUCCCCUCCUCUCAUCACCAACGUCACGACAAGAAGCGCUGCCACACCCACGGUGGGACCCCAGCUGGAGGGCCCAGAGCACCAGGCGCCCCUCACCUAUUUCCCGUGGGCUCAACCUCUUUCCACGCUGCCCACCUCCACCCUGCAGUACCAGCCUCCAGCCCCAACCCUGCCUGGACCUCAGUUUGUCCAGCUCCCCAUCUCUAUUCCUGAACCAGUCCUUCAGGACAUGGAUGACCCCAGGAGAGCCAUCAGUUCCCUGACCAUCGACAAGCUGCUCUUGGAGGAAGAAGAUAGCAACACCUAUGAGCUUAACCACACCCUCUCCGUGGAAGGCUUUUAGGGCUGGAUCCCACUUGAGAGUCCUUUCCCCUGAAACUGGGAUUUAAAAAUAAGCUUGCAGUUGAGCUCAGAUUCAAAUCUGGAAUAACCAUUUUAUAACAUGACCAUUUCAUAACAUCAUAUCAAAACAUAACGUAACUACAGUUUUUACACGAAGCUAGAACUGUAGUCUUCCCUUUCUCCCUCCUUCUCUUUCUUAUUUUUUUUCCAGUCCUCUUCCUUUGGUAAGAGAAACUCAGGAUAUUAGGGAUAAUAUUUUAUGCCAAGUUUUGUCAAUUCUGCAAUUCACUUCGUUUCUAUUUCUAUCACUUCUCAUUACUCAGGGAUGCCCUUUUCUUUCCAGUGCCCUCUGCUGUGUCAUAGCAGCAGCACUGUAGAACUGUCUUAGGGCCAGUUACACCCUCUGUCAUUUUGAGAUAUAUGGGUGCCCUGCGGGGAGACCAGCCUUGCCAGCACCUCCUGGGCGAGGCAGCCAGGGCAAACCUGAUGCCAGAGUCCUUGAGCUGUCAGUUCUCAUAGUUGCUCCUUUGUUUGCUGUUCUCAGCCCUGGCCAGAUUUACAGUCUAGGCAGCAAAGGCUCAAGGGCUGGGGCUCAGCAUAGUGACAGAUAGGGAUGGGAAAGGAACAUCAGGUUGGGUAGGGGCAGGUCAGGGAAGGGAGAGAGGGCAGAAGAGGGCUGGGAACACACUUUGGGGUUGGGGUGGGGGUGUGGAAGGGGAAGCUGGGUCUUAGGGGGAGAGGAAGAAGGCUGAGGAGUCAUUUAGCUCUAGCUUUCUUGAUUACUAAGAGGGACAGUGAAUUCAGGAAAAAUAUUGCAUUAAGAGUUAGUUUUGAAGCUCUUCUAGAGGAUGUUUCCAAAGAAAGCCGAGUUGUCAUAAACAGAAGGAUGGAUGUGUUUUGUGUCCCUUUCCAGAUACUCUGCCAUACCCCAUGAAGCCUAUUGGCAAGGGGUCCUGCUUAGUGAUGUUAUGUGGAUUUUCUAAAUGCCUUAGGGCAUCUAUAAGCCACCAUUAUGAGGAGCCAGGGCUUCUUCCUUCCAAGCACCAUCCUUCCUGGGGGUUUCUAGAGCCUUAGCCAGAAGUACCAUUAGGUUUUAUUUCAAUUUUUCUUUUAUAUCAUUGCAGGGGACUGAGUACAAUUGUUGCCAGGGUGCUUAGCUCCUGAUGGUGGAUGUGUGCCUUGGGAGCCAGCACAAUCGUCUGCUGAUGACACCAUUGUCACCAUUAGGCAGUCACUUUAGUCAGCAGAAUCCACAUAGAAGUAAUAUGGGAGGGAGAAGGGGAAUUGCACGGAAGAUGGAAGGAGACCCUCAUUGUUAUACAAAAUACAUAUAUGAUGGUGUGAGGGGGAAGGAAAAAAAAGAGAGAAAUAUGUCAUAGUAGAUUGGGUAGAGAGAGGUGAUGGGAGGGGAGGGAAGGGGAGGGGGGAUAGGGAGGGCAGUAGAAUACAACAGACACUAGUAUUGCUGUAUGUAUAAAUGUGGCUGUAUAACCAAUGUGAUCCUGCCAUCUGUACAUGUGGAAAAAUGAGAAUUCAUACACCAUUUGAAUCAAAUGUAUGAUAUGUCAAGAUUAUUGUAUUGUCUUGAGCAACUAAUUAAAAAAAAGAAGUAAUAGACUGCUGGGAAAUGAACAAUUUCUUUGACACAUUUUCUUUGCCAUUCUAAAUAAAAACUCUGGACAAAGUUGCCUUUCUUUUUUUAGAAGUUUUUUCCUGUUUGGGUUAUAUUUUAACCCAAAUUCUUGGUAUCUGCUUAAAACCCCAGUACACAUAUUUUGAAUUAUUUUUAUUCAGACUUAAUGUUUCAUUUUAAAAGCUUGAUACAGCAACGUAGAUGAUAAAUGUACAUCUCGAUUGACAGUAUGUGAUCAGGCAAGGGAGAGGAGAGGUCCCAGUCCUGUUGGAUUAAACCCCUGGUUCCCCAUAGAAAUCUAUGAAAGAUUUUCCAACUCUUUGAGGAUUUGAGAGGAUGCAGAAACAACCUUUACAAAGGAACUAAAGUUGGCAAAGAAAAUAUGUAGUUGUUAGGAUUGAAAUUGUAUCUUUCCCCCUUCUUAUCUUGAGGCCCAAUGGCUUGUUUGUAAUCAUCCAUUUAGGUUUCUUUCUGGGUUAUUCUGCUAAGAUGGAAACAUUUUCAAUAAAGAUUUAUGGAGUCA